AUGGGCUUGGGCCUUGGACUGGGCGUUGCAGCAAUGGCACAAAUGCGUACCAAUGAAACUCCAUCGUUGGUCGCGCAGAAUUUGCCGCAGACACACCGUUACGACACAACAAAUUUGGCUGGUGGCACAACGGUUGUGGAGAGCGGUGAUCGGCGAUACGGUGGUGGGUCUUCAAGCGGACAUAACGAUAUAAGCAAAGUACAAUCAUUCUUUUAUCGAUAA